AUGUCAUUUACAAAAAAAACCCCCAAGCAAGGCACGAUUGCACAAAUUUUAAAUAACAUGGGAAAGGACCUCACCGAGUACUCGGGGAGAGAGCUCAGUGAGACCGACUCAACAAACGAUGAAAGACUAAAGCGUGGAGACUUGGACAGAGAAUCCUACGAAAGCGUUCACGCACCAAGCUUCACACUAACAAGGAGUCCCGUCAACUCUUCAAAUCUGCCGCCUUCUCAAACAACCUCAACCGAGGAGAACAAUGUUUUCCGAACGCCGGUAGGCACGAUCACGAGAAGCACCCUGAAACAGGUCAAGCGGUCCUAUUCGGAAGGUGACGAAAGUGAAUUUUCCGUCGACGCCGCAAACCAGCCGGACACAGCUCUAAUUAGCUCGCUCCUAGACUGUGUCCAGGAUAUCCAGACUGUCAGAACCAAAUCAUCGAAUCUGCAGGGUGGAUAUCAAAAGAAACUCAAGACUGCGGAGGAGACGAUCAAGGAGAUUAGCUCAGAACUUGCAUGCAGAAAAAUUGGCAAGGACGAUGGUAAAUUAAACCGCGCUCUAGCUGAAGAAAAUAGUAAGCUUAAGAACUAUAUCAAACUAUUGGAGAAAAGAAUCUCCGCGCUAGAAGAUUCCUCCAAACAAAAAAAAGAAGACGAAGGGAGUGUCUCAGACUCACGCAGCCUCCCUAAUCAAUUGGCGGAGCUAAAGACGAGCUUGGAUAAGCAAAUGACGGAAUUCAAAGUAGAAAUUAAGGCGAUGCUGACAUCCUGCAUCACAAAUAAGACGCUUGUACCUGCAACAGAAAUCAAUAGCUCGAUUAGUAACAAUGCAGUUGAUAAGGGCAGAGAUAACGUAAAUAAACCGGCAGAGACCGUUCAAACAAAGUGGUCAGAAGUAGUUGGCAGGAAAAACAGAAGUAAAGCCAACGAAAACAAGAACCAAACCCCAGUUCAACGAACGGAAGCACAAGCAACAGGCUCCAAUGUACAAAUGGCCAAAAAGAAGAAUCCUGUAAAAAUAACAAGAGACAAAGAAGUUAUUCAUAUUAUACGGGAAGUGGGCUGUAAAAUUGAAUACGUGGAGAUCAUGAAAUUAGCAAGGGAGAACAUCAACAUCACUGACCUGGGUAUCGAAGGUGUAAGGCCGAGAACUUCACUUAACGGUGGCCUCAUACUUGAGAUACCAGGCAAAGACAUGGAAAAGAACGCCGAUGCCCUUGCUGCAAAAAUUACGGACCUGGUGAAAGACAAAAGAAUUAAAGUGUCACGACCUCAAAAAUGGAAGGAAAUAAUAAUUCUGGGCAUGGAUCUAUCGAUAAAUGUCCACGACGUGACGGAUGCAAUAAAAAAACAAACAGGGAGCGACCAAGAGGUCAAAGUUGGUUCAAUAAGGAAAAACCUACGUGGCUCCAGCUCUGUAUCGGUAAAGUGCAGAAAAGAAACGGCUCUCAAACUCCUCGCUGCAGGGAGAAUGAGAAUGGGCUGGUCGGAUGUGAGGAUCACCGAAGCCGAUGCACGUCCACUGCAGUGCUACAGGUGCUGGGAGUAUGGCCAUCUCAGCGGAGCCUGUAAAAGUCAAACUGACAGAUCCACUUGGUGCUACAAGUGCGGAAAUAAAGAACACAUAGCUAGAGAAUGCUUAGAAACUAAUAUGACGUGCAGGCUUUGUGAGGAGCGGAAACUAGCAGUUGACCACAGAAUGGGAAGCCACGCGUGUUCCACACUCCGUAAUUUUAAGGAAAUUGACGACCUAAGGAGAAGAAACCUACCAAAGAGUAACCCCAAACCUGACGAGACAUCGAAAAAGGUUGCACCACCGUUCUUGCUUGCAGCAGCAACACAACCAAGAAUCCAGCCUAAACCCGGCACUGUAACAUCUGACGCAUCUGUAAUGGAAAAGCACGCUAGAACACACGUACUGUUCAUAAAGCACUGUGCUGAAAACAACACAGAUAUCGGCAUAAUAAGCGAGCCGCGGAAAAACCCCGGAGCAGGGUGGCUUAGUGACCCUAGCGGAAAAGCCGCAAUAUAUCUUCAUAAUAAAGACAACGAUUUGAUUAUGAAGACGAUAGCCACAGUUGACGGUUUCAUCCUUGUCGGAGACAACCUGGUAAAGAUAGGAAGCUGUUAUUUUUCUCCAAGCAAGUCGCCGGACGAUUUCGAGCUGUACCUGAAACAAAUCGGAAAAAUAAUCAAAAGCGAAACCAAGAAAUCCCCGCUGAUUAUUGGCGGGGACUUCAAUGCGCACAGCAAAAUCUGGGGCAGCAAAAAAGACAGCAAGAAAGGGAAAUCUCUCGUAAACUGGGCUCUAAGCAACGGGCUCUUUUUAAUAAAUAAAGGGAACUCACCAACAUGCGUAAGAACCCAAGGCUCCUCCAUUGUUGAUCUGACGUGGGCUAACGAACAGGCCACAAGACUAUUAUGGAACUGGAGAGUGCUCAGCGAGGUCGAGACUCUCUCAGACCAUGUAUAUAUUACAAUGUCGCUCCACGCACAAAUAAGAGACCGGGAGAAAGCCAGGAAAAUUAGCGAGAGAGUAUUCCCUAGAUGGAAUACAAAUAAAAUCAACCUAGACCUGUGCAGCGCUGCGAUUAUUGCUGACUCGUGGCACUUGCCGGAGAUCAAUACAGCAAACCUGGACAGAGUAAUAGAAAACCUUGAGAAUACACUGACCCGCGCAUGCAAUGCGUCGAUGCCAAAAAAAAAGAAGUCGCUCUACGAAACCUCCCAAUGA